UCAAAUAAUGUAAAACUAGAUAUUAGCACAAAAAACAAACAAGUUUCGCUCAGUUCAGUUUGACUCAAAGCCAACCGCCAAAUCAAAUUGCCGUACCCUCCAUCAAUCAAAGGCAAAGCGACGCUUCCGAAUGAACGCGCGGCAGAAAAGGUGGAAAGCACACUCACACACUCGCAGCCAGGCCCGAGCAAACGACGGGAAGAAAAGCAGCUCAGUCACGGUCAUUCGUUCUUUAGCUGCCGCCAUCAUCGAAGGCAAAACCCCGCGUGUGUAAAAAGAAGUGCCGGUAAUUUUGACUGCGACACGUUGGUUGGGGGAAAUCCAGCCGGAGGAGUUUUCGUGACACGCUUUUGGGGACUGUGCGACAAGGAACAAUUAACCCGGUCUUAAAGGACCGCGCUUGGCUAACCGCAAGCGAGAAGCCACUGUCAGCCUCAACCUCACAUCCGCGAAACCGGCCGGAACAACACGACGGAUUACGGCGGAAGGAGUGUGGCCACGCUACACACACUCGGCAGGCCGAUUUGAAAGCCGUACCCACGAGUAGAGCAACCCGCAUAACCCUAAUCUCGCACGUGUGGAUCGAGUCGGAACACAUUGCUGGCGACUAGAUCAGCCGAAACUCGUAAAUUCCGAGGUCAGGGAACGCGAAUGGAAACGGAGAACACCGUUCUGGAAGACACGUGACGCAAUAGCCACCGUCAAAUCAUCCCGUGCUACGAUCGGAAGUCGUCUGGGUGAAAGGAGAGGCACGAGCGUCGAACAAGCCCCGUAAAGGGGCUUUGUUUUUGGUCUCAUUGGCAGGUAAUCAGGCGUACACGGUAUUCGGAGCGGGUUCCAUCAUUCUCCCGGCAGCUAGAGGACGGCACGGUGAGCGUUUGUCUGGAUCGAAUCUUCCGGGCAAGCCAAGGCCAGCGAGAGGCAGGCGGAACAAGAUCGACGAUCGUCGGGCGCGUCCACUCGGUGCAACGAGAAGGCAAUCGUCGGCCAGCCAGGCGCCGAUCGAGGAAAGAUCCGGCCGCUUAGCAGUGGUUCACUUCCUCCAGAAUACCACGCACGGCGAGUUCAUCUAGGGCUCUACACCCGCGACACCGGCGAUACGUUGCAGGCAGGCAACUGGGUCGGAACAAUCGACCACCGACGGAGGGUCGGACGAUGACCGGAGGCAAACGGCGCGGCGCACCGAGUCGGCCAACGAGAUGCCUGAGCGAACGACUGCAGCAAGGGUGGUAUUAGACCACGGGCCCGUGAGUAGGAAAUUAGAAUAAGUUCUAUGUAGAUCAUGCCUAUAGUAAGGCGAAGAAGCCAAGUUGGCUAGAGAAAUGUAAGAAAACACCCAAUACAUGUAUCGUAACUAAAAUUCUGUUUUGUUUGAUUAGAAGUUGAGCCUUUUGCCCAUCAGUGUUUGUGAUUCCGGUCUUUGAUCCUUUCGCCAAGGUAGUUCGGCUCUACCGCUACCGGGGAACUUGCAACACUGGCGCCCAACUGAAAAUCCACACAUUAAAAACUACCGUUUAGCGAUGUUUUUGUUUGGUUUGAUGAAAUUUGGUUUUGCGCAAUUUCGAUUAUCUGGCCUACGAUUAUCGAAACAAUUUUAGCCCUUUACGCAUACAAUUCGAAAGUGUAAUGGAUUAUACACAAUUGACUGACGAAGAGGUGACCUACGAGCUGGCUUUACGCCACGUAGUCAACCUAGGACCAACGACCCACAGAGGGAAGGUCCUUCGUCUCAAGGCACUCAUGCAAGAGGAGUCCUUGAGAGACAGUAAGCCCACCAGCUCGGAACAUGUCAUGAGUUCCCAGUCCAAUCUAGAACAAUGUGAAUCGCAAGUUCACCAGCUGCAUAUUAGCGCCGAAGCUGCCAUUCGGACGGCUAACAGCGCAGCCUUAAGUCAAAUCCGGACUCGUCUGUACCAUUACCGCGAUCGCUUGCAGUUGAUUCAACCUCCAACCGAACUGCGGGAAACUCAUGCAAUGUUAUCGGUGCACGUAAACGUUUUACUAGAUAAGGUGAACGGAACAAGUGUAGUGAAUGGUGUACCGCGAAGUGAGAGUGUUGUGAGUCAAGCAACUUCGACUGGAGCCAUAAGGAGGAACAACGGCGGAGAUGAAGGAGCAGUCGGAGGAGAAACCACGAUGCCAGUGGAAAGCACUUCGAGACAAGACACUACACCACCACCAGCAGUGCAGCCACCGCUCGUGACGUCAUUCUCGGGUGGACAAGGCAGAGGAUUGUUGUUCUCGAGUUCGUUCCAAACGCGAGACAGCGAAGAAGCAGAACAAGCAGAUACGAGGCACCGAAACACCUCACCUCCCCCUCCCUACCUGCCGCGAGAUCGGGAAACAUGGAACCCGUCGACCAGGGAACAAGAAUCGCGGGAAAACCGCGAAUUGCAAGCAAGAAUCAGGGAGAUGCAGGAGAGAGAACAACACAUGCGUGAGGAGUACUACAGAAUGCGAGACGACCUGGAGCGGUUGAUCCGCCGAGAGCGACCAGCACCGGAACGAGCGGACGAUCGCCGAAUACAGAAGGCCGUUCACAACUGGCCUUUCAAGUUUCGCGGCGAGAAGGACACGACAUCACUCAACGUAUUCCUAGAUCGCGUGGAGACAUUCGCGAGAUCGGAAGGCAUGAGCGAUGCUACACUCCUGAGUUCGAUCAAGCAUCUACUCCAAGAGGACGCAAUCGACUGGUACUCACGAGCAACGUCGCAAAACUUGUUGCGGACUUGGGACCAGUUCAAGCGAGAGAUUCGAAGAGAAUUCCUGCCCAGCGGCUACUCCCAAAUUCUCCGUCUGGAAGCUAGCUUCCGAUUCCAAGGAAGGGAGGAAUCCUUCGCGAAAUUCUAUCGCGACAUUUCAGCGCUCUUCCGCUUCGUCGAUCCACCAAUUCCAGACGACGAAAAGUUCUUCCUGGUGAAGAAGAACAUGAACGAGAACUACGCAGCUAUCGUCACAGCAGCGAGACCUCGUUCACUGGAAGAAAUGGUGGAAGUCUGCACCGGAUACGACGAGACGAGAAUGCUUCUGAACAGGCAACGUAGGAUUCCGAUUCCGCACAGCGCGCUUCUGGAACCGAACUUCGCCACGCCAGUGAUAACCAGCAGACCACCACCGGUUCAGCAUCACCAACAGCCACAGCGGUUCAACAGAGUUCACGCCGUGGAGGUAGAAGAAAGCGCUUACGAGCACGAAGCAGUGGAGGAGGGACCAGAAGAUAAUUGGCAGCAUACCAUCGACGAACUGGUUGAGCAAGUCAACGCGCUGAAGAUGAACCUGGAGCGGAGAUCUGCGAGGCCAAAUUUUACCGCACGCGACGAGAAGCAGUCAAGAUCGACGGACAGGUACAACCGUACAGAAGCUGAUGUUCUGAGAGCAGCGCGACAGUACACAAGAGAAGCGCAAACUCCGGCACAGCAGCAGCGGCCCCAAGCCACAUCGUUUCCGACUCGGCAACCACAACAGCAGCAAGAACAGCCGCAAAGAGCACAGGGCUGGCAAGCGCGACAGUGGAUUCAAAGCUCGGAUCCGAGCGACAGUAACCGAAGAUACCAACGUCUGCUGCCAGAACCAGGUAGACAACGGGAAGAUCGACAAGUAGAACAGCAAGAAGCUCACAACGACCAACGACCAGCAAUGCUCUGCUGGAACUGCGACGAGGAAGGCCACAGAUUCACGGACUGUCCGAAACCGCAAGCCAUUCUCUUCUGCUACCGGUGUGGACGGAAGGGCUACUCGUUGCGCAGUUGCUUCACGUGUCGCACGGACGCGUUAAACUACCCAGCGGAGAACCAGCAAUAGAGGGGAGCAGCUCUCCGCAAAAUCUCGGAGACCCCUCCGACAUCCCGGAAUUUCAAAACCUCAACUCGAUCAUUAUCAACCCCGGAAGUGACAAUAGACCGCACGCCGUCAUAUCAGUGCUGGGCAAGGAG